AUGAAGAAUGAUGGUAUUAAAUUUGUGUUUGAUGUAAAUCCAAAUUAUGAUAAUAAUUUUGAGGGCCGUGUUAUCGGAAUGAAUUUCAAAGCCGUUCGUUUUUAUAUUUUUUGGGAAUUGUAUUUUGGGAAUGACGCGAAAACAACCGAAAAAAACCACGCCAGUACAACUCAAAUUUUCCCUCACACAGUUUAUGCUGUAGAGAGAUUUUCUGACCAACAGCAAGAAGAUAAAAUCGGACGCUACUAUACUGCAAGUACAACAACCAUGAAUCAAGAGGAAACAUCAUCAAGUUCAGACAAUGAUGAAAAUAUUGGCGAUAAUGAAUCUACAACGUCAUCGACGACGAGUAGUGAUGAGCAAUCCAUGUUAUUUUGUGGCUCGUUUUCGGGUUAUCAAAUUAUGAAGAUGGGUGAGGCUCAACAACAACAUCAUCACACUAUGGCCUCACAUGUGUCCAAACCACCAUCCUCCACCUCGUUACCACCUCCACAACAUCCAAAGAUUCAUCCAAGUUGUGGCGAUGAUCAUUUAUUGGACUUGAACGAACCUUCCUCAUUAGGCAAAUGCCCUUUCCUUAAUGAAAACAUAACCAACAAUAAUGACGAGCAUUCUCCUGAGCUAUCUUCACAGCAACAAGAACAUGAUGACCACAUCAAACCACUCGACAACAGCAUCUCACCCCACGAAAACAUGGAAACUCAGCAAGGUAGUACAAGCUCAAGCGAGGACGGUUUGAGUUCUCUGCUGCAGCAACCGGGAUGUGUAUAUGCCACUUCACGUACGCUUGAAAACAUACACAACAAUCGGUACGCCUCAGCCAUGGAUCUCGAUUUUAAAAGCGACGAAAGUAUAAAUGAAGCUUCUGCCAUAAGAGGUUUCACGAAUCAUUUUCGUGGUGUCAGCAGCAGCUCACGUUCCAACGAUCCUCAAUCGACAUCCAACGAUACUUCUUCCCUCGUAAUUCACCAGACAAAGGAUUGUAUUCUUACAACUCAUAUUGCAGAUACCACCGUAGUGACGCCCAAAGCUCACUGCGAGGAAGGUUGUGGACACACCGAUUCUCAAAGUCAUCUUCUUUUGAGAGCCAUCUACAAUGCCCAGUUGAGUGCGGCGGUUCAUAUUGAAAACCCGUCACGACUCUUUCUUGACUUAUUGAACGAAGUAUUGUGUUUGUUAAGGUGUGGCUAUGGCUACAUUGGUGAGCUCAAACAUGACGAAUUUGGAAAACCCUUCUUGCAUUCACAUGCUCUGUCAUUUGCCAAGACUAAACUGACGGACGAAGCAAGAGAUUUAUUUGCUCGAGUAUCUUCAUGUAAUUUUAAAUUCAACAAUAUGAACACACUUUUUGGACAUGUAUUACUGACUGGCGAAGCAAUCGUCACCAACGAUCCCAAGAAUCAUCCAAAGAGAAGUCCCAAUCACCUUCCUAAAGGACAUCCACGUAUGGACUCGUUUCUUGGAGUCCCAUUGCUUUUCAAUAAUGAGCUUGUGGGAAUGAUUGGUCUUGCCAAUAAGGCUGGUGGUUUUCAUGAGUCGGAUGUAACUUUCCUGGAACCUCUUUGCACCACUUGUAGUUCCAUUAUUGUAGCUUGGAGGUAUUAUCUGGACAGAGAGGAAGCGCGAGAGAAACUUCGUUUGUCUAAUUUAAAUUUGGAGCACAAAAUUCUUCAAAGAACACAAGAGUUACUGCAAUCCAAUUGUAAAUUAAGUGACGAAGUUGAGAGGAGACGAAAAAUCGAGCAAGAAUUGCUUGAACAACAGAAAAUAUCAGAACGAGUCAUGUUAGAGAAGGAAAAUUUCUUGAGAAAUGUUUCCCAUGAUUGCAGAACUCCAUUGAACGCAAUUUUAGGUUUUAGCGACCUCUUGUUGAGAUCUGUGGAUGAAUUUCCCAUAACCAAUCAACAAUUAGAGUUUAUCAAUCUCAUCAAAACAAGUGGUGAGUCCAUGCUUUCAUUAAUUAACGACUUUUUAGAGAUUAUGAAAUUGGAACAACAAAUGAAGCUGAACAAUGAAUUAUUUUCUCCGUAUGAACCCUUUGAAGAAGUGUUGGAUCUCGUGGUAUUAGAAUGUGUUAAAAAGAAGCUCGAUCUUAUUAUUGACUACAAACCUAAUUUCGACUUUUCAACCAUUUUAUACACUGACAAGGGAAAAAUGAAGCAAGUGUUGCUGAAUUUACUUUCAAAUGCAGUCAAGUUUACACAAUUUGGUUAUGUUUAUCUUAGUGUGAAAAUGGCAGCACUUGAGGGUGGGCUGGUAGAAAUUGAAGUUUGUGUAAAAGAUACAGGUAUUGGAAUUGAAAAGGACAAUUUAAUGAAGAUCGGUCAGCCAUUCGUACAAUUCAAAGGAAAACAUGACUCCUCACAACCCAAACAAGGGACUGGUCUGGGCGUUUCUAUCUCAAAAAUGAUUGCUCAAGGCCUUGGAGGAAAUUUAAAGGUUGAUUCUCAAGGAUUGGGCUGUGGUUCUGAAUUUACCUUCAUAUGUAAAGUGCCUUACAAAACAAGUGCAGAUCUCACACCGGAGGAGCAACAAGCGAUUCAUCAACGUGAAAUGGUAAAGUUUGAGGCGAUUAAUACCAUAUUGCAACGAGACGUGGCCUAUUUUAUGGAGGCUGAGCAGUGCAAUGAGCUUAAAAUUCUAAUUCUGGAUCGAAGCAAUUUA